AUGGUCAGCCACUCACAUUCCGUUAGUCCUUUAGGUUUGGCACUCACGAGAUCAAAGCCAAGAUACUUGUUCAGGGUCGACGAGAUACGCAAAACCCCAAACGCUCCACAGACGUACGACAGCAGUGGGCAUCAUGGGAUACCCGCCUUUGAAGCAGGAGCCGUCAAGAGAGUGAUGGAAGGCGUGACCGGCAUGUGGUGGUACUGUGAUGGAACUCAAAUUCGUGAAAUUGGACAGCUUCCACAAGACGCUCAGCUAUACAUCACAUACUCAGUCUUCUAUAUUGGGGGUUUUGGGUUUUGGGUUCUCAAAGGUGACGCAACCAUCUCAGACACCUACAGACACUCCAACACCUGGCAGCCUCUAUACUUUCGGCACUUUUCUCAAUACUCGUAUCUUUGUAAUGCUGGACAACACCGUACAGUCGCCAGUCGAAGAAGCAAUCAGAAUUGGCUGAGGCUGCUACCUGAUAUAUAUUAUGAGAGUGCACCGGUGUCAAAUAGCCCAGGUUACGGAGGUCUCGCAGGAGAGCUGGGUAUAUUUCUUGCUCUCAUCGCGUUUACUAUACGCCCACAGGAUUUGCGGACCGGACUGCCUCAAAUGUUUAGGGACGGGAACUGGGAAGCACCCGGCGCAUUCAGUCAUGGGAGACAAUCAGAAAGGGGUGUGGUCGUGCAUGUGUUGACCUGUCAGUCAACCACGGCCGAGGAACUUCAUGCUUAUGAGCAGGGACACUCGGCCAGGUAUUAUUACUAG